GAAAGGAAUCGAACGUAGCCGUCGUCGGUGGGUCGUCGAGCUCCGUGUUUCUCUGUCCGCCUGUUUGUCUGUCCGAGGUGCUUCUGUACUCGAGGGCCCGUGGCUGGACACUGACGAUGAGUUAGAAGAAGAUUCGGACGCGAGACGGACAGAGGAGGAGGGAUGAUGAGUGAGCUUAGGAGUGACGUGUGUUGAGGGGCGAACGCAGGCAGGGCUGGCGGUGUUUUUGCAGAGCCUUCCGCCGCCGCCCUCGCCCCCAGCUGGGCACCGCACGGGCGCACCCCUUCUUCGCAGGGAAUGGCGUCCAGGGCUGGUGCCGGAAGUAGAGAUGCUGCAGCAGUUUUCGCCCCCGGCGGCCGUCUUCAUGGUGUCGCCGCCGCCGCAGUUCGCCGGGGGCGGCAACUCGCCCCCAAAGCACUUCAUCUGGCCCGAGGUGCAGCGCCAGGCCAAACCAGCCAAAACCAACCCGUUCGCCUUCCUCAGGGCAAACAACAACGUCCUAGCGAAUAACAACAAGCGGAAGAGCGCCGUGGAGAUGCUGCAGGAGUCGAAGGCGUACUACGUCAAGUCGGAGCACGUGCUGGACAAGAAGCAGGUUUUGCGCCACAGCGACCACCUGCGCGUGCAGGCGUCGCCGGUGUUGGCGGCGCGGUCGAACAAGCACCACCGGACGGCGUCCCUGGACAAGGUGGCUUUGCUGCAGGAGAACACGCCGCCCCCGCCGCGCGUCCCGGCCCGCUCGUGUUCGCAGUCGCCGCCCCCGCUGCCCCCCAAGUCGCCGCGCAUCGCCCCCGGCAGGCCCCGCGCCAAGACCCUUGUGCUGCCCCCCGUGGCCCGCAACAGACAGGCCAACUGCGACGUCCAGAUGCGCCUCCGCCAGCUGCUGUCCCACCCCGACCACACCGUCAACGGCUACCGACGCCUCAGCGACGACGACGCCUCCAGAAUCGGCCACGACGACCACGUCUGGCUCAACGAAGAAGAUUCGAACGCAUUCGAGUCCAGAACGGUGGCCGGCGAGAAGAUUUACGUGAGCAGCCGGCACUCGACGCCGUCGGCGGCCUCGCGCUCGCUGCUGAGUCCGGUGACCCACAAGUCCCUGCCCGACCUCAGCCCCAACAAGAACGGCGAGGACGCGGCCAGCGACACUUCCAGCAGCAAUCGCUGCUACUACCCCAGCAGCCGCGCCACCUCCGACUACGUCAGCCGCUCGCCCAGCAGCUGCAAGUGCUGCAACUCAAGAUUGAGGUCUCCUUCGGAAAUUGGAUCGGCUCCGGUUGCUUCGGACGACGACGAAAAAGAUGAACUUUUGUCACCGAACACAGACGACUCGUCGCGCCGACGGCCAGUUUUGCGUUCCAAGUCUGACAUCAGCUACCGCUACUCCAAGUCGGCCGCCUUCCUGGCCCCGGUGCCGCGCACCGAACAGGAAGAGCAGCCGAUCAAGACGACGGACGAGGUGCAGCAGUUCUUCGAGAACCUGGGCCUGGAGGAGGACGUGUUCAAAACGCUGACCAGGCGCGGCUCGCACGACUCGCCCGUCUUUUUUGGCUCGGUCAGCUCGGUCGAGUCCUACCCGGGGGUGCAGUACGUCAACAACGUCCCGGAGGCGGGCGAGGAGGCAGCACUCGGCCCCGGAGGCAGCAAGAUGGGCGAACAGCCCUCCAUUGUUGAGAGGAACGCGCGCAUCAUCAAGUGGCUGUGUAACUGUCGCAAGGCCCAAUCCACCUUCAGCUGACAGCCUUAAAUUAGGAGAAUUUGAAAGCUUCCUGGGAGUUGUUGAGUUGCUUCAUGUGUGAUCUCAAGCGGGAGCAGGAAGCUCAGAAAAUCCACCACCACAUUUUUUGCUCAGACACACUGCCAUCAUGCUAUUUUAAACGACUUGAAAAAGCAGAGUGUGUCGCAUCGGAGGAGAAUAAGUAAAUCAAGGAGGAGGAAAACGAGCAGCACCAACCCUGACCUCUAGUCACAUCAGAAAAUGAAUGCUGUAGUUAGAACUCUCAAAAGAAUUGUGUGAUAAUUCGUGAUGAGGAGAUAUAAUGAAAAAAAAUUAUAUACAUUUCCGCCGCUCUCACAGUAGAACGGAAACCUAGUAGCUGCAUCGGUCUAUCAAUUUUGUUUUGCGGAAAAAACCUAAUCUUGAUUGUUUUAGUUCCUCAGUAAUGUCCUUUUUGUAGGUAAUUAUAAUCUCAACGGUGUUAAAUGAACAUAUAGUAAAUAUAUAUGAUUCCAACCACAUUCCUUGAAAUGAAAAAAUAACUUGACAGGU